AACUUAGCAGUGCUCAGUUGAUGCUGAUGAUCUGAAGAUGUUGCCACGAAAGAAGACGUCCUGGGUGUGUGUUGCCCUGUGGACUCUUGCUCUGGUGCUGAUUUCCCAGAGAGUGGAAAGUGUGAAGGACAUUGAAGAUGUACCUGAAGAAUUCCAGCGCUUAGAAAACUACCGAGUCGUCUUCUCUGGUACAGAAGAGAGAAAUGAGGAUCUCAGAGCUGGGAACCAAUUAUUACGAACAUGGAAAGAAACGUCUAAUAGCAGAGAUUCUAAGGAGAAAAAUCAGGUGGUGUCCAAAACUAUGAAUGGAUAUGACAAGGAAGUGGCAAAAGAAAUAUCAGAGACAGGAAUAGACCAACAAAUAAUUGUCCGAAUUGGGUCUGAUGAAACUGUACAAAAUGCUGGAGACUACUUGUUCAACAAGAAGACAAAUACAAAUCGUCCUAAAGUCUUACUGGAGUUUGUUGUAAAAUCAGGACAAUUCAAACUGGUAAAACUGGAAGGAACUGACACAGUACAUAUAACUGAAAAUACCAAAAUCUCUGUGGUUGGACAUGGAGGUCAGAGAGAGGGUCGAGUGUCUGUGGGUGGGGAAACAUCAGAACAAUUGGCAAAAGUUAUCCUAAAGCUUCAAGAACCCUCAUCCCCAGUUCACUGGCCAUCUGGUUUACACAAAGUAGAAGAAAUCAGCAUAGUCUCUUGUGAUGUUGGUGCAGGAGAAGAAGGUAAAACCUUUGCCAAAGACUUUUUAUUAGGCCUGGAUAAUGCAAGAUUAUCUGUGGGUUCACUCUCUGUUCGCACAACAAAGACCAUAGUGCAGGAAGAUGGGAGCAAAGUGACUGUUGAUUUUGAUGAUCCAGAGCAUUGGGGCAAACAUAUCCCCGAUCACAAGCGUAAAUUCUAUUUAGGUAAGAAUAAGGAUCUCAUAGAAGUGAGCAACACAAAGGAAAGAAGUCCAGAAUGGAUAGAAAGUCAGAGCAUAGUCAAUGAACUUGAUCCUCUAGCUCCUAGGACUAUGGACAACAACCCACUAUACUACUAUGACAAUGGGGUUCUCUACCAUAUUGAAGAUGAACAUAUUGGUCAAGGAAUCGAUGAGACUGUUAGAGGAUUGUUUAACACAGAAGGUCAACAUGUCGACACUCAGUCUUUAGAUGUAUAUUAUAAAAGAAAUAUUGAUUCAGAUAUAGUGCGUGAAACAAACAUCCAGGUCCAAGUUGUAGAUGGACUAGAGAGUCUAAAAAAUAAUAUCCAAGACAUCAUAGACAGUUCUAAUGACAUAAGAAGGCAAAAGCUGAUAGAUAAAGCUAAUGUACUGAGAAGGAAUGGAAUUACAGCUGACAAUAAUAUGAAUCUGAAAGAAACAUGGAAAGUUCUCUCAAAUCUAAGGAAUAACAGACAAAUUAGACUAAUUUAUAAUGACAUUGAAAACACUUUGGAAAACACAUUUAAAUACUAUCGCUUUAAGGACUACAUCUACCGCAUCAACCUAAAAGACUUUUAUGUUACCUUACAUGGAACAACUGAUGAAAAUCUGUUAGAAGACUCGGAUAAAUCUGUUGAGUUUUGUGACCUUAGAAAUAAAGAUCAUGUAGCAUAUCCUGACAUGAAAGAUAUGAUAAAUACUAGAUCAUUUACAAGCAUGGCACAAAAAUGGGUAAUGAACAACCACAACAAUAUAGGUGAAAUAAAUGGAUAUGACGGGAUAGCUGUCCUCGCCACUCAUAUUUCUGAGGCUGUUCGGAAUCCCAAAAUGUUUAUGAUAAAUCGCCUCCUGUGGGAUGUGGAAGCAUCGUGGGGACAGUUUCGUUACAGAAACCCCAUGACAAGAGGAGAUACAUGGAAAGGAAACCAUGCAGCUAUAGGCCUGAGUUAUGAGACCGCUGAUCAGAACAUGAAUGAACAAGUUGCACGGGAAACUACAAUUGCUAUGAAGCUUUGGCUAACCAGAAAAUACAGAGAAAUGUAUUAUGACUACAAACCUGAACGUCUACCAGAACCAAUAGAAAUGUCAUCAGAUGAGGCCAAAGUAAACAUUAGACGUGAAUGUGAAAAGCUUCCUCUAUAUGAUUCAAUAAUUGAUGUGAACUGCAGAAAGCGUCCAGGGCAAUUAUCUGAAGAUCUUCCAAGUUAUUUUCACGACCUGGAAGAGCGAGCAAGAGGAAAGAGCUUGGAGACAGAAUUACAUUUAAAAAUUAUGGAGGACAAACAGCAACUGGUGGAGACUUUGUCCAAUAAAAUAAAGGAACAAGUCUCUGAAGACUUUGCUAAGAAUUGGAGAGUUAAGUCAAUAGAGAAUUAUGAAAGUGGCACUAAAGCAGUAGUAGAAGAUAUAAAAAAUCCUUCAGUGACAUUAGAUCUUUUUCUCCCUGGUGAAAUCAGAUCAUUAAGGUCAGAAGAAGUCUUACAUUCCUAUUUCAAUGAUAUUUCCGGUUAUAAUAAAGUCAAUCAUGGACUUGCAAUCUAUGGGACCCUAAUGGGAUUUCAAGGAGCCAAUCAGAUGUUUGCUGAAGGACGAAAGUGGGAAGGAGGAGUGAUGCUGGCCCAGGGCGUUCAUGGAGUAACAGAGAUGACUGGUAUAAAUUCAGCAGUUAAUAAAAUAGUUGGCAAUAUUGCCCAGAAAUCCAUCUCCCAGAUAUCUACCGGGCUUGAGGAAGCUUCAGCAGUAAAGUUCACAAGCACUCUGGCUGAAGCUGGUGAAUUAGCUAAAACAGUACCAAUUCUAUCAUUAGGAUUCACUGUGUUUAAUAUAUAUGAGGAUCUCCACCAGGGCACUACAAUUGGCAUAGUAGAUGCUGCUCUUGAUGGUGCAAUAUUUAUAACCGCUCUGGCCGGUCCUGAAAUGCUUCCAGUCACUGUGGUCUUGAGUAUUAUCCGUCUAGCUAUUGACCCAAUGUACAAUGAAAUAAAACAUGAAUUGGACGCUUUACCCCCUGAUGCCAGUGUAGGCGACAAGUUUGUGGCUGUGGUCAAGGGAAUUGGAUUAGCCCUAAGAGACAUAGGGAACAGCUUUGUACAAAUAUUUGAACAAAUAAGUAUACCAGGUGUAAUUUAUAAUGUUUAUAACCUUGAACAAGAGCACAAAAGCUCCAUGGACAUCAUACACAACUUGCAAACAGCUGAGAACUACUACAAAAUUUUUGAUGAAAGCGAUGGAGACGUGUGUCACAAAAGGAUAGACUUCACUCAAGGGGAGAAAUCUGCCUAUGGAGGAAAGUUACACGUUGAGUUAACAGACCACAGUUCAGUGAUCAUUACAUUAACCGAUCCUCUUACGUACAACAGAAUUGUGAAGGAGAUUCCCUUUAAAAAGGACUGUGAGUUGGUGGAUCUAGUUAUGGGGAUUGGAGAAGGUGUGAAUAUUAAACUGAAACAGAAAACGGCCACCUUGUUAUGGUUAAUUCCCGUGAAAACAAAAGAUGUUAUUUCUUCCUUGACACCAGAUGACAAAUCUCUGUAUGGUACAUACGUGGGCAAUUCCAAACCUAAUCGAUUCUAUGCCGUGCAGCAGAAUGUAAUUGAAGGACUUUCUUACACCCUGGACAAAUACCACUAUGAAUUAUAUGGCAAUGACGGCAAUGACAUUUUUUAUUUAGGGCCUCAGAAAACCUUUGUCCAUGGUGGAAACGGUCAGGAUGUCUAUUAUAUCCCGAACAACGCGGGACAAGCUGAGAUCUGUAAUCAGGCAGAUGAUAAAGAGAUGGACCUCCUCAUUUUCCACAUUCCUCUUCGACAAAUAAAUGCAAGAAAGGUAAAAAAUGACCUUAAGCUUUUCAACAACAAUCUUCAUGAAAUCCUGAUAAAAAACUGGUUUAGUGGAGAAGAAUAUAGACAUAUGAGCUUUAAGAGCAUGGACGGGGCUCUCUUUAAGGUUGGGGAAGUUAAGUUGAAUGGGAUUGUUCCUUUGGAGCCUUACACGUUGGAUUUUUCGAGUAAAGAUUCAGGUGCACAGAUUUCCCUUGAAGAUCCACUUUGGGAGACAGUGGUCGCAGUUAUUGGCAGUAACCAUAGUGACAAUAUACAAGGGAAUCACCUCAAUAAUGUUCUUCAGGGAAGAGGGGGUAAAAAUGAUCUUGCUGGAAGAGACGGGAAAGACAUGUAUAUUAUCCAAGAAAAGCAAGACUGUGACACCAUUAAUAAUUUUGCUAAUGAUGACCUGAUAGAUAUAGUAGAGUUGCCGGGAAGCUAUGCAGACCUGAGGGCUGCCAUUGUUCCCUUGCAGUCUCUGAAGAUUUGGGAUUCCAAGGGAAAGACGUGUGUUAUCAUAAAGGAUUGGAACAGAGGGUGGCAAUGGCAACACAUCAUACUGAAAUCCAAAGAUUUUGUGCUGUUCCAGAUCACAAACACAUCAAAGCCAGAGUUGAUUCCACUGAUAUUAGACUAUAGUGACUCUACGGACAGGAUAGACGUUGACUUAAAUUCCAUUCCUGGAAAUGAAAAUAUAAUGACUGUGAUAGGCUCCUCGCAUUAUGAUAAUAUCAAAGGGAAUAAUAAGCCGAAUUUCAUUCAGGGAGGUAAAGGGGGAGGAAGACUUACCGGAAGAGGAGGAAGUGACACAUAUGUCAUCGACUGUAAGGAAGGUGAAUUCAUUAUAGAUAACUACUCAGAAGAUGACACCAUGGAUAUUCUUUUUAUCAAGGAGAAAUACAGCUCACUAAAAUUUAAUACAAUAGUUCAGUCAAGUUACUUUGAUAUAAAUGUUAGGAAAAAUCUUAGGAUCAGUGUUAAUGCCACCUGCGACAUUACACUAUUAAAUUGGCACUCAUCAGAAAGUUACAGACAUUUACAAAUAUUGACGGAGGAUGGAAUUACAUUCAGCAUUCCCAGGGGAAGCAUUCCUGUGAUAUUUGCCGUAGACAACUCUAGAGAUACAUUACCGAUCAGUGUCAUAGACACCAGGUCAGGUAUAUAUGAAGGAGCAACUAAGGUAAUGGGUCCUCCUAGAUUCAUUAACAUAUACGGAAAUGGAAAAAACAAUUAUAUUGACCCGGGGACACGGGGAGCAUCAAUGACAGGUGGAGAAGGCAGCGACACCUAUGUACUGAGAAAACAUUACGAAGGCAACUAUGAAAUUAACAAUUACGCGGAAGAUGAAAAAGUGGAUUUUUUAAUACUUGAUAUCAACUAUAAAGAUAUUCAGUUCAAAGUGGGAAAUACAUUUCAAAACGUACAAAUCAGUGCUCCACGUGUUGCCCGAUGGCAAUGUCGUCUAUUAAUGUUUGUCAAAAGUAAGAAUCAGAGACAUUUGAUAGUUAAGACCAAUGACGUGUGGUUCACCUUCUCUGACAGUUCGGAGAUCCAGCCACUAUUUGUUGAUGAAAGAUCCAUGUCUACUGAUUUACACCUUGAUCUUUCUAGUAAGAGUCUCCACUCUGUACCAACUGUAUAUGGAUCUCUCCAGAGAAGAAACUUCAUCACUGGAAAUUCUUUGAAUAACACAAUAAUAGGGGGAAUGGACAUUGAUGUACUGUAUGGUCUAGAAGGAAAUGAUGUUCUCCAAGGUUCUCGUGGGAAAGACUAUCUUUCAGGAGGAGCUGGUGAUGACAAGAUUCAUGGAGGUGAAGGGAAUGAUCUCAUUUUAGGUGGUGAAGGUGAUGACGUUAUCUACCCUGGCCUGGGGGCAGACACAGUAUAUGGGGGUUCAGGAUCAGAUACAUUAUUAUUCUUUGGAGAUCAUGGCAAUGAAACUGGGGUAUAUGUAAAUCUGUAUCUUGGAUAUGGAGCUGGCUCGGAUGCUGAAGGCGACCUCUACUCUGGAAUGGAAAAUGUAGUGGGCACCAGUUAUGAUGACAUUUUGAUAGGAAAUUACGAUAGUAACUACAUCAGAGGUGCAGGAGGUAACGAUCUUAUACAACCAUUGGGUGGUUUUGACUUUCUUCAGGGAGGAGAAGGAGAAGAUAUCUAUAAUCUGAUAGAUGCUACAGGAAUUAAAAUGAUUGAUAAUUUUGCCAGUGACGGGAAAGCAGAUGACAUUUAUGUUGAUGAUUAUGUGCAAUUAGAAAUCAGUCAACAGAGAUCCCAAGAUGACCUUCACAUAACCAUUAACUAUAAAAAUGAUGAAGAACUUAAAGUCAUUGUGAAAAACUGGUUCAAGUCAAAAAAAUACAGACACCUCACUAUAAAGAAAAUUUUAAAAAGGGAUGUGACACGUGGAAUGAUACCAUGUAAGCCAGAAGAGGGAGUCAUGAAUGCUAUACCUGUGAUGUGCAUUGCUUUUUCCGAUUAGACACAAUUUUGUAUACUUGUUCUUUAAUGUGCAGAUUACUGAUUGAACAUGAAAAAAUAAAUUUUUCCAAUAUUGAAAAUGUGA